AUGCCUCACCGUCUGGUAAUUGUAAGACAUGGAGAAAGCUCCUGGAACCAAGAGAACCGCUUCUGUGGCUGGUUCGACGCCGACUUGAGUGAGAAGGGAAGAGAUGAGGCUAUAAAGGGAGCAGAGGCAAUUAAAGAAGCAAAAAUGGAGUUUGAUGUGUGCCACACAUCAGUUCUGAAGAGGGCAGUGCGCACCCUGUGGUAUAUACUGGAAGGCACAGACCAGAUGUUCUUGCCAGUGUACAGAUCCUGGAGGCUUAAUGAACGUCAUUAUGGGGGCCUGACAGGACUCAACAAAGCAGAAACAGCCGCAAAGCAUGGAGAGGAACAGGUGAAGAUCUGGAGGCGAUCCUUUGAUAUUCCUCCACCACCAAUGGGAGAAGACCACCCAUACUACAAGCUCAUUAGCAAGGACAGGCGCUAUGCUGACCUCAGUGCAUCUGAAUUGCCAUCAUGUGAAAGUCUGAAGGACACAAUUGCACGCGCCCUUCCCUACUGGAAUGACGUGAUCGCCCCACAGAUCCGUGCCGGCAAACGAGUGCUAAUUGCAGCUCAUGGGAACAGCUUGAGAGGCAUCGUCAAGCACCUGGAAGGAAUGUCUGAUGCUGCCAUCAUGGAACUAAAUCUCCCCACUGGAAUCCCCAUUGUAUAUGAGCUGGAUGACAAUUUAAAACCUCUUAAACCCAUGGCUUUCCUUGGAGACGAGGAGACUGUGAAAAAGGCUAUGGAGGCAGUGGCUGCCCAGGGCAAGGUUAAGAAAUAG